GAGCAGGAGACGCUUCAUUCCGUUGCCAGGCGACAUAAGACCUCCCGUUAGGGAGCGUGCCCGUCUUGGCCCGGCACGCUCUGCAGGACAGAAAGCGCUGACCAAUGCGCUGCGCUCGAAGCGAUACUAAGUCAUCUCUGUAAUGUUAAUGGUAACAUUGUAUCUCAUGUUUCUUUGCUGCUUUCAUCGCAGCAUUCCUUACUGCCUGAUGGGCAAUACUCAGGACUGCCCCCAGUUGGGGCUUUAAGCGACACGUCGCGUUUUCUUCUGCUCUGCAUUUGCACAUGGGUUUCAUGUUUUGGAUCCUUCCUUAAUCUCCUGCCCGUGUUCUGGACUAAGUCUGUACUAAUGUACUAAGUCUAUGCCUGCCUAACCUUCUGCUAGUUCUGUUGGGCUUGAAUUUAGACCGCAGGACUAAACUCAAUUUACAGUGUGAAACCCGAAACCAGUUUUGAGGUGGUGUGCUUUUUGCAGACCUUUACAGGCAUGACAUCCUCUAAAGUGCGAUAUUUAAUAUUUUUCCAGUAUUUUGGCACGAAGUACAGUGGAGUAAUGAAAGCACCUUCUCAUCAGGCCAUUCUUGGGGUUGAGAACUACCUAGAGCAUGCUGUGAGCAAACUAAGGCCAGCUAAUGACAUUCGUUUAUGGAUUUCAAGUCGGACAGAUAGUGGUGUGCAUGCACUUUGCAAUUCUCUGCAUGUUGAUAUCCAGAGAAAGGAUGGAAAGCCUCCCUUUUCAGAAGAUGUGCUUGUCAAAGCAUUGAACUACCACUUACAACCAGAACCAAUCAGUAUUCUUAGUGCUUCUAUUGUACCCGAUAACUUCCAUGCCCGUUACCGUGCUCUGUCAAGAACCUACGUGUACCGCCUGGUGACAGGAUGCAGCCAUCGUUCUGAGCUACCGGUAUUCGAAAAGAACCUUUGUUGGUCUGUAUAUGGAAGCCACUUGAAUGGGACUGCUGUCCAGGAAGCUGCUCAGUUCCUGCUGGGUACCCAUGAUUUCAGCACUUUUCGAUCAAUCAGUUCAGAGAUGCCAUUCAAAUCUCCUGUUAAAACACUGCAUCAGGUACACAUCACUCCCAGUGUUGGCUUCCUGUCACAUUACACCUACAGGAAUUUGCAGUUUUGGGAGCUGGUAUUCAAGAGCAGAUCUUUUUUGUACAAACAGGUGAGGAGAAUGACUGGUGCUUUGGUACAAGUUGGACAAGGAAGACUCACUCCUCUUGACAUAAAGGACUUGCUGGAGGCAAGAGACUCUAUGGCCUUCCCUCAGAACUGUAUAGCCCCUCCAGAUGGGCUGUUCUUGAAAGAAGUAGAGUACGAGGAAGACUUCUUCCUAACAGCAGAAGAAUCGAGUACAUGAAUGGACUUUGACAUAGAAAUGAGAGGAAAACAGUGUGCCUGCCUUCCCUUAAUGAACUGCAGGUAGAAAUGAGAGGAAAACAGACGGUGUGUCUGCGUUCCCUUACUGAACUGCAAGUCUGACAAAGUGAAUGCUGGAGCAAAAUGUAACUAAAGCCUUGAUAGGACAUUCUGGCAUGUUUAGCUGCAUCUCAUUUUCAGAUUUUUUAAAUGCUAAUCUGUGUCCUCAACAGAAAACAGCAUUGAAAAGUUUGUGUCCUUUUCUGCCCAUAAUAUACCUUCUUGUUUUGGUCGCCAUAUGUUAGGAUAUAUAAGUAUGACACAGUCCCGUAUUUUACUCUGGAAUGAAGCAAAUCCAAGUUCACCUGAAAAGUAGAGUUAGUGCUACAUCGGUUUCUGAAGAAGCAAAAAUAUUUUGGUGUAAAAUGUUGGUGCUUAAAUCAAUUAAAGUGUCUUCACUGAAAUAGUAAAAUAGCACUUAUAAUGUGAAUGACCAAAGAAGAUUACAGAGACAGUACUUUCUAUAUCCCAGGCAUAAUUUUCAUGACCUCCAUUUUUAUUGUAGAUAAUGUUUUCCCAAAGUGGUCAAAUGUACAGAAUUCAUUUAAGUAAGAACCUCAGAAGAUAUGUUAAGGUAUGUGUCUUAAUCCUUAACAGACUUUGCUGUUCACUGAACUAUGGUGUUUAUAACAUUUUUUUAGUAAGAAGAUGUGCCUUUGAACAUAAAUAUUAAACAUAUAUCAUAUUUCUA